UCCCUGACCACCCGCUGGGGGCCCAGGCUGGGCGUCUCACAGUGCUAUAUUCCUUGGAGAUGGGGUCAUGGGGUGGGGUUCCAGUGUCCUGAGCCCUGCCAUGCCCUGGGUGCUGGUUGGGGGCACAGGCUGGGGCCCCUCAGAGCUGGACUGUCAGACAGGUCACCAAGCCUCGGAGUUGCUGCCUCCCAGCCUCGGAGUGGGGCCCGAGCCCCACAGCCUGUCCCAGAGCGCGUGUGUGUUUGUGAGGCUGCCAGUGGGCUGCGGGGCGCGGUCUCCCGUGGGCCGCGGCGCGGAGGCUCCGCACUGUUGCAGGUGCGGCCCUGUUCGGGGACAUUUGAGGCCUGCAGCAGGCCCUACGGGGACCCUGCGUGGCCUGCACUCCCAGCUCUGCCUCGGCCCGCUGCCCAGAGCCUGUCUGGAGCCAGCAUAAAAUCAGAUUAGAGAAAGAGGUUGGGUUUUCAAAUAAAAACCGGUGUCUUUGUUAAGAACCCCAUGAUCUCAGGUCCUUUUGCAUCAAGAAAAUGUGCUUUUCGGGGCCCUGCCGACCUCACUCUCUAGAGCCCAUGUGAGGUGGCCUGGCAGGAAGCAGCCAUCCAGCUGGUCACCUGUCCCCACGGCUCAGGCCUGCCCUCGGCGCUCCCGGAGGGAACACAGUGCCCUGAGCCACAGAGCGGGCGGCAGGCCGGCGGCCAAGGGAGGGUUCUGGGUUCCCCGACUUCAGUCGGGAUCUGACCUGCCAGGCAGGGGCUCCUUUUCCUGGGAGGGCAGGGGGAGCAGGGCUGCGGGAGGAGGAGGUGGGGCGUAGCUGCGCCGGUCCCCGAUGCGGCAUGGGGACGGGGCUCUUCUGGGCCCCAUCGCCACUAGCUGUGUGUGUCUCGGGCUAGCCCUGCUGCCUUCCUGGGCCCCAGCCCCUCUGCAGCCCACAGUCCCCUGGGCAGGCCUGGCUCCUAGUGUGUGGUCUGCGGCCCUGCCCCCUGACCCAGCAGGGAGUUCAGUGUCCCAGCGAGGACUGGGCGCCUCUCCAGGUGGCCGUUCUGCAACCAUGGAGUCUGGGUGCCCCUGCUGCCCCCCUGCAGGUGCCGGCCCCUCAUGGGGCUGACCUGGAAGAAGCGGGUCCUGGCGGCCCUGCAGGGGGCUGCGGUGGCCUCAGGCCUCACCACGCUCAUUCUCGUCCUGGUGGAGGCCACCAGUGUCCUCUUGCCUGCAGAGAUCAAGUUUGGGGUCGUGUUUGACGCCGGGUCCUCCCACACGUCCGUCUUUGUGUACCAGUGGCCGGCAGACAAGCAGAAUAACACAGGGGUGGUCAGCCAGGCCCUGGCCUGCCAGGUGAAAGGGCCUGGAAUCUCCUCCUACGCCUUGGAUCCUGCCCAGGCUGGCGAGAGCCUGGAGGACUGCCUGGAGGAGGCGCUGGCGCUGGUCCCGGAGGCUCGGCGUCGGGAAACGCCUGUGUUCCUUGGGGCCACAGCUGACAUGAGGCUGCUCAGCCAGAAGAACAGCUCCCAGGCGGGAGACAUCCUCGUGGCGAUCAGUCGGGUCCUGGGCCGGUCUCCCCUGGACUUCUGGGGUGCUGAGAUCCUGGCUGGACGGGAUGAAGGUGCCUUAGGUUGGAUUACCAUCAACUACGUCCUGGGCAUGCUGGUCAAGUAUUCCUUCUCUGGAGAAUGGAUCCGGCCUCUGGAGGGGCCCCUGGUGGGCGCCCUGGACAUGGGUGGGGCCUCCACCCAGAUCACCUUUGUGCCCGGAGGCCCCAUACUGGACAAGAGCACCCAGGCCACCUUCCACCUCUAUGGCUCUGAGCACAGCGUCUACACCCACAGCUACCUCUGUUUUGGGCGUGACCAGAUGCUGACCAGGCUCCUGGCUCAGCUGCUGCAGAGCAGCCCCGGCCCCCUGAUCCGCCAUCCGUGCUACCACAGUGGCUACUGGGCCACGCUGUCCCCAGCGACCCUAUAUGAGUCACCCUGUGUCCACACCACACCCCCCCCAGGCCUGGCCUGGAACCUCACUGUGGAGGGAACAGGGAACCCCGGGGCCUGCGUCUCUGCUAUCCGGGGCCUCUUCAACUUCUCCAGCUGCGAGGACCGAGGACACUGUGCCUUCAAUGGGGUCUACCAGCCCCCCGUGCGGGGCCAGUUCUACGCCUUCUCCAACUUCUACUACACCUUCCACUUCCUGAACGUCACCUCCAAGCAGCCGCUGGCCACCGUCAACGCCACUGUCUGGGAGUUCUGCCAGAGGCCCUGGAAGCAGGUAGAGGCAAGCUCGCCCGGGCAGGACCACUGGCUUCGUGACUACUGUGCCUCGGGCCUGUACAUACUCACGCUGCUGCUCGAGGGCUAUGGGUUCAGGGAGGACACCUGGUCCAGCAUUGAGUUCCGGAAGCAGGUGACCACCUCCCAGGUUGGGCGGCAUGGAUAUCGGCUGGACGCUGGGCUACACGCUGAACCUGACCAGCAUGAUCCCAGCUCAGCUGCCCGCCCACUGGCGGGCAGAGAGCUACGGCGUCUGGGCGGCUGGAGUCGUCUUCGCCGUGCUGACUGUCGUGGCUACCCUCGGGGCCACCGCCGUCCACCUCCUCUGGCCCUGGGGCUGAGCUGGGCUGCCCCCUGGCAUUGGUGGGGCGCGGGGGUAGGGGGCUGCCCCAGCCUGGACGGCUGCAUGGGCCAGAGCCUUCCCACGAGCCCUGCUGGGUCUCCCUGUGUCGUGGGCUCUGGCCCCGUGGUCAGAUGGCCCCACCCAGCCCUCAGGGUCAUUCUGGCCAAGCGGGUUGUAUUGUGGCCUCUGCAUCCUGGCCCCCCCCAGGUUCCCUUCUCCACCGCGCUUCCCAGGACGGCAGGUGACCUCCUGCACAAACGCUGGGACACAGGGCCCUGCAGCACUCAGGGCUGUGCGAUCUGUAGUGUUGUGGGACAUGAGGCUGCUCAAGCCCGGAACGGGGAGUGACUGCGGGAACAAGAGGGCUCCCAGGCCGGCCGUGGGAGGUCUAGGAGCAGCAGAGCUGGCGGGACCCCUGCUGUUUCCCGGCCAGAGGGACAGUCUCCGGACUCCGUAGCUCCUCCUGGAGUGGCAGCCCCACCCCUACUCUG